AUGGAGAACACCCUCAUCGACCAUAAUCAUGAGCUCAAAGCCACUUUCUCCGUGUGGAGUCCCUGCGCCUCCGCCUCCGCCACGGCCGCCAUGGCCACCCCGGUUAAACUCCACUUCGUCUUCAACACCAUCCACCGCUACGUGGUUUUACACGAUGACUCCCAGAUCGCUACUCGAUCACAACCCACCAUGGCAUACCGUGAUCGCGGCCGCUUUAACUCAACCACCAAACUCGAUCGCUCCAUGCUCUUAAGCCACCACUCUUCUCCCGCCUUCCACAGGAUCGUGCUUUCGAAGUUGUGGGAGUAUUGGGGCCACGCCCGCCACGUUUGGCUACAAUUGGGCGGCGUAGAAUCGCUGGUUCCCGAUAUUGUUCAGUCCGUCCGAAGCCUCAUUCUCGCCAACCCUACUAAUAGGGUCCGCGUACAUGUGGAUUUCUUCACGUAUCACGUUUUCGAUGGGUUUUUAGUGGGGAAUUACGGUAUGAAACCCGCGUGCAAAUCGGCGACGAUGGAGAUGCUGAAAAAGGUUGACAAAAACCACCUUUUAGAUGAUGAUGAGAGGUGUACGGUGUGUCUAGAAGAACUGGGAAGGGAGGAUGAGGAGGUUUUAUGCAUGCCGUGUUUGCAUAGGUUUCAUGGCGAAUGCAUCCUCAAGUGGCUAGAUAACAGCCAUUAUUGCCCCAUUUGCCGCUUUCAAAUGCCUACCCAAUAA